AUGGAUUUCCAUUAUGACAUUGAUUUUAUUUUUCCAAAUGAUGAGCCUUCAUAUGACUCAUCUUCUGAUGACGAUGAGUUGGAACUUACUCUAGCUAUUGCCAUAGAAGAAUUAAACAAUGAAGGAGCAUCAACAUCAAGUCGUUGUUCUGUUCAACCUCGCAGGUUUAUCUGGCGUAAUCCUUUGCAAGGUCAUGAUAGGCUUUUCCAUGAUUAUUUUGCUGAAACACUAGUGUAUCCUCCUAAUGUAUUUCGAAGGAGGUUUCGAAUGAGUUGUUCUCUUUCUCUACAUAUCCAUUCAAGAGUUGAAGCUAAUGAACCAUACUUUGUUCAAAAAAGAAAUUCGGCUAACACACUCGAGUUGUCUUCCCUUCAAAAGAUGACUACCAUAAUCAGAAUGUUUGCUUAUGGAGUGUCGGCUGAUUUCAUGGAUGAAUACUUGAGGAUUGGAGAAAGCACUGCAAUAAAAAGCUUAAAAAAAUUUGUUAAAGCGGAAGUUUCAAUAUGUUCUGAAGAGUACUUGAGGUCACCAAACAACAAUGACAUUGCAAGUUUGUUAGCAGUUGGCCAACACUGUGGAUUUCCAGGAAUGCUGGGGAGCAUCGACUGCAUGCAUUGGAAAUGGAAGAAUUGUCCAAGUAAGUGGAAAGGUCAAUAUAUUGGUCAUACCCGUGAUCCAACGAUAAUUUUGGAAAUCGUAGCGUCGUAUGACUUUUUGAUAUGA